UCCGUACUCACGCAGAACACUUGUACAGGUGCUGCUGCUGCUUAUCCUGGACAACCUACCGAGUCGACCCCGCUAUCUGGAUGGGCCCAUGAUGAACGUUUGGAUGAACGAUACCAGAGCCUUCAAAACAGAACCGUUUGCGAGUUGCUGCCCGCCUUUGGGUUGCCUGCAUCACACUGCAUCGCCAACGCUGGAGGCCACUGCCGUGUUCGUCGGGCAACAAGGGGCCACGUCACUUAUCUGGCCGCUCGAAAAAGAGGGAUUCCUGCGGACACCGUGGGCCACGACACUGCUGCGCAUCCGUACUCACGCAGAACAGUUUUACAGUUGCAAAGGGCAUACUCUCGAAUUACAAGGGGUGCACAAAGCGUGGAUGAUUCAGCAAUCAUGCCGAAUAGUAUGGACGAACAACAAAAACAAACAACCUCCGACCUUGAGCCAAAACCUUUUACAUGGUUGAAGGAAUUCUCCCACAGGGAGAACCUGGCAGCCUUAUAUGAUGUGCAGUUCCGAAGGCCCUCAAGUGACGACGACCAAUACCUCGACGUCGGUAGCGGACCGGGUAACUUUCUCGCAGAGCAGCUGCUACCACUCCUGCAGCCCUUCGCUCGUGUCGUCGCCACGGAUAUAUCUGAAGACAUGAUUGCAUACGCCCAAAACCACUACCCGGAGGCAAAAGUGUGCUUCGAGGUCUUGGACAUAGAGAACGGAGAUGUUCAAUUCAUCGUCGACAAGUACGGGCUCUUCGACCGCAUCUUCUCGUUUCUUACUUUUCACUAUAUUUGGGACUUGCACAAAGCUUACCGCAACGUCAGUCGACUGCUCAAGGAUGGCGGAGAGUGCCUGAUUGUCUAUUUCACCAGGACUGGCAUCACGGACGUCUGGCACCGAAUAUACCAAAAUGAAGAGUGGCGAUCCCACAUGCCAGACCCGAGCUUGAUGUUCUCGGAGCGCUACUGCUUCGACAAAGCGGUAGACGAAGAGAAGCUCGUUGCCCUAGAGAAAAGCGCCGUCACGGCAGCAGGUCUCGAAUUGGUCAAGUGCAGGACCUACUCCAGCCUGUGGAAGUUUGCAACCGCUGACAUCUGCCUCGAUGCAUACAUGCCGUUCUUCAAGCUGGACGCCAGGGUACCGGAGGAAAAGCGUGCUGCUUUUUGGAACACUUGGAGACAUGCACUACACGAGGCGUCCAACUCAAACUCCAGCGGCAUCAGCCUCAACCAUGAUGUCCUCGUCGCGCACUUGCAGAAGCUUCCAGCUCCUAUUUAGGCAAUGCAUUCUGUGCGUCCAAUCUUUGCAGCUUUCAACUGCUGUCCUUCAUUUAAUUUUCUUCACAGGGAUGGGCACGUGCAUAAAUAAAUAGAGUGCUAUUUA